ACGGCAAUCAGUCCACCCGUGGGUGUAUAUCGACACCCGUCAUGAUUCGGCAAUCGCGUAUAUAACGACAUCUCCAACGACAAAAGUCGCUCUACAUCAUGGCUUACUCGCUCGUGUUGUUCGCCGCUGCAGCGGCGCUGCUGGUGGCCUGUGUUCAAGGUGCAGCCCUUGACCUACCCCAGAUCGUGAAUGGUGAGGUCGCGGAUCCGGGCGAGUUCCCGCACCAGGUCAGCUUGCAGAGGAAGCAGACGCUCUUCUUCUGGAGCUGGACCGAGCACUUCUGCGGAGGCACUAUCCUCUCCGAGCGCUGGAUCCUGACGGCGGGACACUGCAAGCUGGGCGGCCAGGUGUUCGUCGUGGCCGGCGUGAACAGCAUCCGCACCAAGGACAAGAAAGCUGGGCAGGUGGUGCCCACCGACCUGUUCAUCGUGCACGAGAAGUACGACGGGGAGGUCAAGCCCUACGACAUUGCUCUCCUGAGGACGACUGAGCCUCUUGUGCUUGGGCCCCUCGUCAAGGCCGCCAAGCUGCCCUCGCCGGAUAGCGUUCCCUCGGGUGAAGUCAAGCUGUCAGGCUGGGGCUACGUCAACAACGGCAUGUUCCCCGGCACCAAGGACCUGCACAAGAUGACGGUGCCCGUGAUCGACCUGCAGUCCUGCAACACCACCAUCAUCGCCAACCUCCCCACCUGGAGCCACAGCACCCUGGCCGACACCAACGUGUGCACCGGCGCGGGCCCGAGUGGCAGCACUUCCGCCUGCAGUGGGGACAGCGGCGGCCCUCUCAUCCUGAAGAGCAGCGAGGAUGACGAGGCUGUGACCGUGGUCGGCAUCGUGUCCUGGGGAUUCGUGCCUUGCGGCAGGGGAGGAAAGCCCUCGGUCUACACCAGGGUCUCCGCCUACAUCGACUGGAUCGCGAGCACCAUGGGAAACAACGCCCCCUGAGCGAGUUUUUGUCCAUUUUAAAUUCGACAAUAAAAAUAUCUACUCGGCA